GGCAUAUGUCUAAAUACUGUCGUGCUGUCCGUGACCCUUGUGUCAUCUCCCAUCCAGAAGUUGCACAUGCACUGAUCGAUGCACAUAUUCUAACAUUAAUAUAUCUCACCCACCAAAAAACCAUUUAAAAUAUUCUAGUUUCCAAUGAAGAAGCGAUAGAAGAAUAUGAAGUUGAGCUCAGUGUUGUGUUCAAUCCUAGUUGGUGGAGUGAUAGCAUUAGCAUCGGCAUGGGCAGUAAAAUUAGUGAAUUGGGUGUGGUUGAGGCCGAGGAAGCUGGAGAAGCUGCUGAGGCAGCAGGGGCUCCAAGGUAAUUCCUACAGGCUUCUUCUCGGAGACAUCAAAGACCUAAUCUCAGUGGCCAAACAACACCAGUUGAAAGCCAUCCAACUUUCCGACAGCAUUCCGCCCCACAUUUUCCCUUAUUUUCACCAAAGCAUUACCAAAUACGGUGAGAAUUGUUUCAUAUGGUUUGGAGCGACGCCGAGGUUGAUGAUCAGCGAUCCUGAGCUUAUGAAAGAGAUUCUUGCGAGACCGGAUGUUUUCCGCAAGCCGCAGCCUGAUCCCAUUGGGCAGACGGUUGCCGGAGGGCUGCUGUUUCUGGAGGGUCACAAAUGGGCCAAACACAGAAGAAUCAUUAACCCCGCUUUUCACACCCACAAGUUGCAGAAUAUGGUGCCGGCCAUCACUUUGAGUUGUUCCAACAUGAUUGCCAAAUGGGAAGCUUUGGUGUCUGGUAACGGCGGUGAGGAGAUCGAUGUGUGGCCCUUCAUUCAAGAUUUCUCCGGCGACGUCAUUUCAAAGGCGGCAUUCGGGAGCAGCCAUGAGCAAGGAAGAAGGAUAUUUGAGCUGCAGAAAGAGCUGCUCAACCUCGUCUUGGACCUCAUGCACUUCAUGUUCAUCCCAGGCUGGAGGUAUGUUCCGACGAGAGCCAACAGAAGAAGCAAAGAAAUGUCGGAGGAAAUGAGGUCAGUGCUAAAGGGCAUGAUCAAGCAGAGAGAAGAAGCAGGCUCCGAUGGAGAUCUCUUAGGCACACUGAUGGAUUCGAAUCGUGGGGAGGCCGACGGCAUGAGCAUGGAAGACGUGAUCGAAGAAUGCAAGCUGUUCUACUUGGCAGGGUCGGAAACAACCUCGCUGCUGCUGGUUUGGACGAUGGUGAUGCUCAGCAAGCAUCAGGAAUGGCAGGAUCGAGCUAGAGAAGAGGUUCUGCAAGUGUUUGGAGAGAGAGACCCAUCCUACGACGCCCUAAAUCGCCUUAAAAUCGUGACGAUGAUUCUAAAGGAGGUGCUGAGGAUGUACCCGCCGGCGCCGUUGAUAGCUCGGGCAGCGACGGAGACGGUGCAGCUGGGAGGCAUGAGUGUGCCGGUUGGGGUGGAUUUGUUGCUGCUGAUAGGGGCGAUGCAUCAUGAUCCCAAGAUAUGGGGUGAUGAUGUGAGUGAGUUCAAACCGGAGAGAUUUGAGAGUGGGCAAUCGUCCUUGCUAGCUUUCGGAGGUGGGCCCCGUGUGUGCAUAGGCCAGAACUUGGGUAUGAUUGAGGCCAAGAUAGCGCUGGCCAUGAUGCUGCAGAGAUUCUCCUUCCACCUCUCGCCCUCCUAUCUUCAUGCGCCAUUCUUCAUCAUCACUCUCCAGCCGCAGCACGGCGCUCCUCUGCUUCUUCGCCACCUUCCUUAAUACUAUUAUUUCUAUGGACACUCUUUGUAUUGUGACAUACAAGUUCAAAUUCGAGUAUAGUUACUACAGCCACAAAUUUUCUGUAUUUUUUACUUGAAUUAUUACAGACUAGAUGAUGAUGCUGCUCUUUUUUCUUA